AUGCUAACCAUUAUUUUGUAUGUCUGUGUACUGUCUUCAGCCCUUUCAGAACUCCCUGAGCUGAAAGAGAAACAGGUGCCAGUGACAGAUCGAUCAAAGAUGCAGCUUGUCCCGAUGCAGAAUGACUUGAUCCCAGAUGAGCUCCUGGCCACCCUCACCUCAACCAUCUGUCCCCAUGAUAGGCUGGGACCCCCAAAGCUAACCAAGACCCCCAAAGACUUCAAGGUCUAUGGAAUACGACACACGGACGCGGUUUGGCAUCACCCAGUCGGACGCAAGAAAUACAAAUACUUUCUCGAUCAACCAACGUCAUUGACAGGAGCGGGCAGGGACAUCUCCUUUUUGUGUGAUUCCAUGGCCUCUCAGAGGGAGAGGAUUCCCCUGCCACCCAUGGCUGACAGGGGCACCACCCACACACAGGGCAUUCACCAGGACAUGAGCCUUAUGGAGAGCCUCAUCCCAGAGGAAUAUCACAUUGUGAAAAACAAAGGGGUUCAAGGACUGGAGUGCUAUGACGAUAAAUUCACAGUACUGUUGGAGGACGACGAAAGGAUGCUCAAAGUCUUUCCAUCAAUGAGGCCCAGCGGGCGGCUGGAGGCAGUGCAGCUGAUGAAGGUGAUGGAUGAGAUGUUGGACAGAGCAGGGGUCAACCAGGAGUACAGAGCGCUGACUGGACUGUCACAGAUGCAAGGCCUUCUAGAGCUGGUGCGUGUGGAACAGAACAUCUACAACAUAGUGUUCCAUGAGCUGAUCAGACAGGUCAGUGUGGAGUGUGCUGAGAGAGGACAGCUCCUGGCUAAGCUCAGACAGAGAUAUGUGGCUCUGUUGGACCGUAUCCCCAGGCAGCUGAAGGGUCUCCACACAGAGACACUGGCCCAGAGAGCUCUGGACCGCAGGCUCACAGAGGAGAUCAUCUGCUUCAGGAGCUCCAUCUCUAAGCUCAACACAGAGCUGUGUAAGAUGAAGGAGCAUGACGAGUAUGUGUCCAAGCAGGCUGAGAAAGCACAGCAGGAGCUGGCCAAGGCUCUGGAACAAUCACAGAAGAACUCUGAUGUGGUGGGAGAGUACCAUGGCCUGUAUGAGAUGCAGAGGAGGAGAUUGGAGGGACAGGUGGCCAGACUGACGAACGAGAGAGACCUGUGGAGCAGAGUCACUUACAACUUGGCCCUCAAGGUGAUCAAGUUGAACAACCUCCAGCUGGCCAGCAGGCUUCACGUCAGUGAGCAGACCUGGACCAAGACUGCUGAGCACUUUACACUCUUCCUGACCUCCAAGGACACAGAAGACCUGAACCAUAUAAUGCAGCUGACAGAGCAGUGGAAGGAGCAGCUGACGUCCUUCGUGCAGAGUCUGAGAGAGGCUGAGCAUGGCCACUGUGAGGGGAUAAGUAGCAUACAGGCUGACAUCGUCAAAUGGCACACGUCCGUUGGCGCCAACAUCAGGAGCCCGGAUCCGAAAUUUGAGAAAGUUUCAGAAGAACAGCUUUAUUCAGAUUUGAAACAGUGGUCCAAUGCGUUGACCAUUCAGUGUGAGCGCUACGGGGGCGAAGACCUCCUCUCCUGCCAGGAGACCCUCAACAUGCUGGGCCAGCUGCAGGAGGCCUGGGAGGAGGUGGGCCUCCGUCUCUUCAGGAGACACCCGGCCCCAGACGGCGAGCCCCCCAGGGGCCAGGAGGCCAUGAGGGAGCUGGGCCUUGCCGUGUCGGAGCUUCACAAGCAGCUGGGCACACGCAUCAACGGCGAGAGUGGAAUCCACAAGCAACUGAUGUGUCUGGUUAGGGUGAUGGAAUUCUGGGCCACCCGACUGAAGGCCCUUGUUGGCCGCCCCGAGAAGCUGCCCCACUGUGAUUGGCUGAAGCUGGAGAAGGCCCUGGGUAGCUGGAUGUUGCUGGCGGAGGAGUCCUUGAAACACGUCCACAGCACCCAGCCUGAGAAUGAGAGGGUCAAGCACAAACCACACGUCCAGAUCGAGAUCAAUGAUGUUUUCAACACUCUCCGGGAGUUCAUCUUGACCCAAGCCAACUUCUUUGACUGUGAGAACCGAAGGCUAUGUGAGGAGGUGAACUCCAUCCACACGGCUCUGACUCGCUGGAUGGUGGACAUGCUCCUCCAGAUGGUCCCAGACCACUGUGACGCCCUGCCGGGGCUCAACACCACCGCCAUCAUGGAGGUCUCCCUGGAGCAACUAGAGGAAGACGCCAAGAACCUCUCAGAGAAACUGGACUACUUCUCCAAAUAUAUCACCAGCUCUUGCCGGGCCAUUGUGGAGGAGGAGAUUCAGAGGAGCAUGGCUCGGGAUGACUCAGAGAAUGAGCUUUCUGAGCUCAACAAACUGCAGAGGGAAUGUGGCGAGUGGAUGGAGUCCUGUCGGAUCCUGCUGUCCGACAAGAAGGGCAGUCCCGUGGAGCUGCGCGUCACACUGAAUUUGGUCCACCGUUCUUUUACGGAACUCCUUCCCUCUGCGAUGCACAGCAUGGAAUCUCUGAUGAACCUACCGGCAGUUGUUCCACUAGAAGCUUUGGAUGAAGAAGAGGAGCCGAACAAGAAGAGUCCAAUGGAAUUCAUUGAGGUCGUGGAGGCAGAGUACCCAGAAGAGGCCAUGGAGUGCUCACUGGCCGGCUCUAUUAUGAAGCUGAUAGGCCAUGAUGGUAACAUCAUUGAGCGAACCCUGGGGGAGGAUACUAUUCAGCUGGAUGGGACUGAAGACAUGGUUGCCCGUCCACACACACCUAACGGUCAGAGAGCCUUUGAUGCCCUGGCCACAGUAGGGGUUCUGCAGCACGAGUUACUUGGGGUUGAGGCUCGUGUCCAGCGAGCAGAGGAGCGGGCCUUAAAGGCAGAGGAGGCCCUCCAGGCUGCGCUGGAGAAGAUCCAAGAUCUGGAGAGACAGCUACAGGGCAGGCCCAGUCUGGAGGCCAAAGUGAGCAAGCAGUCUGUGGCAGCGUCUCCCAAGUCAAAGGUGUCCAGCCCUGAACCCAAACCAGUGAGUCAGAAGCCUGAGCCUAGCCCCAGACAAACCAAGCCCAAGAAACGCUGAACCCUGAAAACAGUACUGUAGCUUCAGAUGUAAUGUGAAACUCUGCUCCUCUGAAGAUCCAACCACUUUGUAUUUGACAAACGAAUAAACACAACGUGAUGUAUUGUAUGACUCGG